AUGAAUGAUACACCAUUAUUAUUACCAUUAGUAAUGUCAAACAAUUGUGAACCUUAUUUACGGCAUAAUAAAAUGAAUGAAAGAAAAGAAAAAGUAAUGUCAAAUGAUCAUCAACGAGCACGUCAACUAAAAUAUCACAUUAAUCAAUUAUUAUCGGAAUUACGUAUGAUUGAAUCAGAUAAUAAUAUUCGACCAUUAGAAAUUUCAAUCAAUUCACAAUUAACAACAAUAUCACAUGAAGACGAUUAUUGUCCAUACUUUUCAUCGAAACGAAAACGAGCUACAUUACAUUCAACAACAAACAAUGAAAAUCGAAAGAAAUCGAAAUUUUCAUUUGAUUUAUCGGCACGAGCAACUAGUACACCAAAAAGUUCUCCACAAGAAAAAAAAAUUCUACUUAAACCUUAUCAUACAUCAACACCGAGACGUAGUAAAUGUCAUACAAUUUUAUCACCUGUACCAACAAAUAAUAUGAUUUCACUUAAACGUCUUCUUUAUAAUAAAAAAGAUAAAGAUCAACGUCAUCAACAUAAACGUCGACAUUCAGCUGUUCCAUCUUCUAAACGUUUCACUCUUCGACGUUUAACUCCAAUUGAAGAAAAUCCACUUUUUAUUUAA